AUGCUUUCAAACGCUCAGGCAGACUCCAAACUGGCUGCUGUCCUCCUGGGCAGAUAUAGUUGGGGUCACCUACCGAGCAUUUUGAUUCAAAUCAUCGCUGCGGCUGCGUUGCAAGAUUACGAAACAGGCGCGCUGGAGCAAGUGAAGGUCCUGGCUCGCUUGGGAAACAAUGGCCUUUGUCCGCAGAACAUUGACCGCGACCUUCAGCGAAAGCUAGGCGAUAACAAGUAUGCCAGCAGUUCAGAGGAAGUUCUGCCUCUGAAACGACUUCUGCUGAACCCACGGAGACUGACGUUUGCAAACUUGCGAUACCCCAUGAUGGCACCACACAAUGUUUUUGCAAGCAUCUACCGAAACUAUGGUGCAGCCUGGCGUCGCCUCUUUGUGCCGUCUGGAGAAGAGUUAGAGCGCUUCUGGACGUCGCUGGAAGGAUGGCCCGGUUUGGCAAACUCUGACAUUCUCCUGGUGCCCAACUACAAGCGCGUGUGCGUGCCGCUCAUCUUGCACGGAGAACUCCCCAGUCGCACAUCACAUCAACUGAUUACCAUGAUCUGGAACGACGAUGUGUCCAAAGCCAACGGUGGGAGAACCAAAGAAGCUUUCUGGCAGCGACUCAAGGGAAGUUUGGAUCUUUUGUUUGAGGGUGUGGAUGAGCAAGGCAGGGAGCUGGCAGGUGGAUAUAGAGGAUGCCUCAUUGGUAUCGCAGGUGACCUGGAAUUCUUCCAGUCCUGGUUGGGCUUCAAGGGUGCAACCGCAAACUUCCCAUGUGCUCGGUGCCCCCUACACAAAGACGAACUGAUGGACUGGCGAAACACGGCCUCCUGGCGUCGACAUACCUACCGCAAGGGUGAGGAGUGGCACCAAGCUCAAGGUCACAACCACGGCGCCCUCUUUCACGGGAAGAACAAGCUUAGCUCCUUGAAUUUGCUGCCGGACAUAAUGCACACGAAGUUCCUCGGAGUGGACCAGUAUGCCUAUGGCAGCUGCCUCCACAAGCUGAUUUACCGUCACAUGCCUGGCGCGCCAGAGGACAACCUCCAAAGCUUCAUGGAGGAUGCAAAAGAUGUUUGGAAGAACGAAGCCAAGCAUAAAAGCUGCUCCCUCAGACUCAGUCUUUUCACGGAUCCCGUCAAGCCGUACAGCGACUUCCCACGGUUGAAGACCAAAGCUGCCGAGACAAAGAACUUGGGAAUGCCCUUGCUGUCAGCAUGGAGGCAAUACGCACCGGAUGAUGCUCAGGAACACACGCAGGCACGUCUCUUACUGGAGACGUCCGUGGAAAUGGAUGACCUUCUGGACAGCACGAAAGCAAAAUGGCGACCAAGCCAGGCUGAGGCCCGGAAACUGCGAGUUCUUAUCGACAGUCUCUCGACUGCAAUAUCUGAAGUGAUGGGAGUGUGA